UUUAGUCGGCCAUGAUUGAAAUAAUUUCAACAUGGCGCCCGGUCGUUCGGAGUGUGUGUGUGUGAAAGUGCAGUGAAAUUAUGUUGUUAUCUAGUGUUUUUAGUGAUAAUUUUAGUGUGUAAGUGAAAAGUGUGUGUUUUAAUGCAGCGGUUUCCUUAUCAUGGCAUUGGAUUUACGCCUGCAUUCUCCUGCAGGCGCGGAACCUGUUGUUUAUACAUGGCCCCUCACUUCAGGUCAUGGUUCGGACAAACACGAUGGGGCCUUGGAGAUAGUAGAAACAAUUCGAUGGGUGUGCGACGACUUGCCGGAGAUGAAGGCGGCGCUGGAGAACAACAUCUUGUGCGAUUACGACACUCAUUCGUACGAGAGCAUGCGGGCGUUGUGCGACCGCUUCAACCGCGCCAUAGACUCCGUUGUUGCAUUGGAGAAGGGGACAUCACUGCCGACUCAGCGUUUAAACAAAUACCCUUCGAGGGGAUUACUGAAGCACAUUCUUCAACAGACAUACAACCAAGCAGUCGCAGAUCCUGAUAAACUGAACCAAUAUGAACCAUUCUCACCUGAGGUGUAUGGCGAGACUUCAUACGAGUUGGUAUGUCAAAUGAUAGACCAAAUAGACAUAACGGCUGAAGAUGUGUUUGUGGACCUGGGUUCAGGCGUGGGCCAAGUGGUGCUACAGAUGGCCGCCGCGACACCCUGUCGGGUUUGUCUGGGUGUCGAAAAGGCUGAAGUUCCUAGUAAAUAUGCUGAGAGUAUGGACUCCCAUUUUAGAACUUGGAUGAAAUGGUAUGGAAAGAAGUAUGGAGAAUAUAAAUUAAUAAAAGGCGACUUCCUACUGGAUGAGCACAGAGAAAAAAUUAAUGCAGCCACCAUUGUCUUUGUAAAUAACUUCGCUUUUGGCCCUCACGUAGACCAUCAAUUAAAAGAACGGUUUGCCGAUUUGAAGGAUGGCGCUAAAAUAGUAUCAUCAAAGAGUUUUUGUCCAUUGAACUUCAGAAUAACGGACAGAAACCUAAGCGACAUCGGGACCAUUAUGCACGUUAGUGAAAUGUCACCGUUAAAGGGAUCCGUCUCGUGGACAGGAAAACCAGUCUCAUACUAUUUACAUAUUAUAGAUAGGACCAAAUUGGAGAGAUACUUUCAAAGACUGAAAAAUCCGAAACUCAAGGUCAGCAAAAGGGGCGCACAGAAUGGGAUAGAGGAGGGCGAAAGUAGCGGCAAGCGGCAUUUAAGUGCGCCGCCGACAAGGCAGCCCACUCCCGAUCUUCUCAACGGAAACAGCAACCACAGCACGGGUUCUCUUCCCGAGCGUAGAAAGAAAGUCGUUAGGUCGAGACCUGUAAGGGGCGAUAAUGGCAGAACGCGGGCGCGUGCCGCGGUGGCGAAACGGCGCGUGGCGCGGCGCUCCAGCGACGACAGCGACGAGGAGUCCAGCGGCACCGACGACGCCGAGCCCGGGCCCGAGCCCGCGCCCCGCGAGUGGGGCGCGCCCUGGGCCUCGUCUUCAGACUCGAACCGGUCUCGCCGGUCGGGCAGCAAGCGCAGCGCGAGCGCGGGCGGCGCCCGCCGCCGCGCGGCCCGCGCCAAGCGCCGGCGGCAGGCGCCCGCCUCCAUCGCCGGCCUCGACCUGCUGCACUCCACCACGCUCGCCUCUACGCUGCACAAUGGCGCUGUGACGGCGCCGCCGCCGGGCUGCGUGGAGCAGCGGCUGUCGGCGCUGGGCGUGCAGCUGCAGGCGGCCGACCGGCUGCACUCGGAGCUGGACAUCCCGCGCUCGCCGCACACGCCCUACAGCCUGCAGCUGCUGCUCGACAUGUUCCGCGACCAGUACCUCGCCUUCAUCCACCGCAUGAACCAGCCCGAGUACGCAGCGGAGAUCCGCCAACAGAUCGACAAGGAGAAGGAGAGAAAUCAAAAACUGAAAUCACGGGCUACACAGUUAGACAAGCAAAUCAGCGUGCUCAUCAGCGACAGUGUUGCGUUACUUAAAGCGCGUAUGAGCGAGUUAGGAAUACACGCUAACAACACGGUUGAUUUGCUCGCAAAGGCGAAAGAAAUUGUCGGCAGACACAAGGAGCUCCAAAGUAAAGCAAGUAAACUCCAAGCACAAGUAAACAACAUUGAAGCGGAACAAGCAAUGCUUGUCAAACAGAGGACGUUCGAAAUAACUGAAAAAUAUCGCCAGCUGGGUCACAUACCGCCCGACGUUGAAAUCACACAAGCGAUCGCCCAUGACUGCAUUCUAAAAGAAAUAUCCGCAACACUAGCACACAGAAAACGGUUACACACGCAAGUCGGUCUUCUUCAGAACGAAAUAAUUCAAAUGGAGAGAGCCAGUGAACAGCAAAAGGCCAUACCUCCGAGCGUACCGGUCGCCACGGUGAAACCUCAUACGGUCAAUAAUAAACCAAGGAAGUCUAGGGAGCAUAGAUCGCGGUCACAGGAGUGGCCGGAUGUACCGGAUGUGGGUAAAAUUGAGGAACAAAAUCCGGAAUUACUUGCUCAGAAAAUACUUGAGACCGGCAGGCAAAUCGAAGCUGGCAAGAUUGCUAAACCAAAUGUAAUAGUGAACGGGUACGCGCGCGAAAACGAGCGGCAUCCAGACCAUAGAGCAGAGCACCGCGGGCGCGCCGUGGCGCCGGUGCCGCGCGCGCAGCCGCCGCCGGCGCGCGCGGCCGCGCUGCCGCACAAGCACUCGCCCGUCAAGCCGCAGAAGGCGCUCAGCGUCGUCAACAAGGUGCAGGAGUCGCCCAAGGUAAUAAACUUCGAGGACCGGCUAAAAAGCAUCAUCACGUCCGUCCUGAACGAGGACCAGGAGCAGCGUAAGGCUGCCCGCACGCCCACAGCGGCGCCGCACCCAUACAGCAACGGGUACGUGCGUGCGGCGGGCGCGGGCGCGGGCGGCGGGGAGCGCGGGGCGCCGGUGCCGGCGGGAGGCGGGUACGGGCCGCGCGCGCCGGCGCCGCAGUACGCGCGGGCGGCGGCGCGCGACGUGCGCCGCGACCGCUACCCGUACGAGCGCCGCGACGCGCCGCGCCACGCCGCGCCGCACCACCACAUGCACGCCAGGGAACAUGUACACCCCUCGCAGCCGGACUACACGCAGGUGUCUCCUGCGAAAUUGGCACUCCGUCGACAUUUAUCAGCAGAACGUUUGGCGGCUCCGGCGCGCACGAUCGGUGACUUAGUGAACGGCGAGAUCGAGCGGACGUUGGAGAUCUCCAACCAGAGCAUCAUUAACGCGUGCGUCAACAUGAGCGCGCGCUACCAGGAGCCCGACCAUCGCGCGUCGCACCAACCGCUAGAAGGUCUGGCAGCGUGUUUGCAAGCUCGCGUGCUGGCGUCGGAAUACUGGCGCGGACGCAGCGGCGGCGAGCCUGAGGAUGGCAGGCGUCGCUCUCCGCCCCCCGACCCGCACUCAAACACCUCCACGCCCCUGGUCGACGAGCUGCCCGACCCCGCUCGACACCCAGAGACAGAAGGAGGAGAGGAGGUCGACGAGAGCAAAUGGCAGGAUCGGAUCGCCUUCAGAUUCGACCAGAUCAUAUCGUUCGCGUCGACCGCCGUGGAAGACAAGCGGCGGCGGUCGGACGAGGCGUGCAACACGUCGCCGGACUCUGGCAUCGGCAGCGCGGGCGCGGGCGCGGCGGCGGGCGGCGCGCGCGGCGCGGGCCCGGCGCGCUCGCCGUCGCCGCUGCCGGCGCACCACUUCAAGAAGCGGUUCUUCCGGCGCGAGCGCUGGGGCGCGUGGAGCGGCGCGCCGCCGCCCGUGGACUGGGAGCGCCCGGCGAUGUGACGCACCUAGCGCUGCGACGUGUGCCGCUUCGCGCACCGCCGCUAGCAGUGGCGCUUUAGCGGAAUUAUACAACACUGCCGACGCGAGGGAACGCUAAUGUUAUGCUUAUGUAAAUAGAGACGGAUAGGCGGACUGCGGGAAUAAAUGUUCGCGGCUAGAAUUGACUUUGACCUGUUCGAACCCUUACCAUGUUGUAUCGGAGAUGAUUUAAACGAACUUAUUAUUAAAACUAACAAAAUUUCCUGAUACCAGUUUUGACAUACCUUUGUUUAUUCCGACAAUAGGUUACGGCGGUAAAUUUUAUUACGCUACAAAUUUAUUUAUUUUUCGUUUUACAGUUGAAAACUUUUCUAGCAAUUUAUACUUAUUCCUGUUCGUAAACGCUCAUUUGAAGCUGCGAUAGCCGCCAAUCUCUCCUCAUAUGUUGAUCGUGUCGAUUUUUUUUUGUUAUAUAUUUUUUCGAAUAUAUAAUGUAAUUAUGUAUAUUACUGAGUUUAUUUUAUGUUUAAGACUUGUAAUUAUUUAACGUUAGGUUAUAUCGCCGGUUCGUCGAGGCGCUCCGAAAAACGUUCGCGCCGCGGCGGUUUGUAUUUCAUGUGUUCAUUUAGGUCUUAGAGUCUGAAAUACAUUAUUCGGUGAUGACGCAGCGGAUCUUUCUUAACGCCGGUCGUUUGAUGAAUGUUUGUUGUUUUAUGAGUUUUUGUUUUAUGAUGUUAUGGAAAAACGACUCUGAAUAAUGCUAAUCAUUUCUUUGAGAUUUAAAGAAAUAAUACCUAGCUUAGCUAUAACGUGUUUAUUAACAUUAUGGGUCUUUAUGAAGAACAAGGAGGUGUAGUGUAAUAUCUAAAUAUAAUAUUGCAGCCACUGCACAUGGUUAAGCUGCCGGUAUACAAGACGGUCCUACAAGUAGGUUUUAGUAAUCUUAACGACAAAAAUAGCUCGUGGUCAAUGAGAAAUCGUAAAGAAAAGUCAAUAUAGGUGUAAAAUUAUGACAAAUUGUAGAAUAUAGUUGUUAGUAAAUGUGAUCCUUUUUUGAAUAUGAAAAUACAAUCAUUUUUUUUCUAAAUAGCGAACAUGUGUUAAUAGUUUGAUCUAAUACAACUUAUUAACUUCUGUUUUCAAACCCCAGCUUUCACUUAGAAUUCAUAAAUAGAAUCUUUGGAGUUUCUAUUUUAGUGAAGCUAGUUACAUUUCACAUUUUAGGGCCUAAUUAUUUAUGUAACAAAAACUACUUUUUUUAUUUUCUUUUCAUAUUUUUACAUUCAGUUCAUGAAUGUUUGGAAGCUACUUUGGAGUUUUCUAAAUAUAUAACGAUUACGAGUUUUCAUUUUUUUAUUUUACAAGUUAUAGAUGUUGGUUGACAACUCACGAAUCGUUAAAUCGACCUCGAGCUAUUUGUAAUAAAUAAGUACAUUUUUGGUUUGCUUUCUAUAAAUACAAUAUCGGAAAUAGUGUUUUGAUUAAAGUGGUCUGUAUUUUUGUACUGAUUGAAAUACGAUUGAAAAAUAAUAAAUAAAUUUGAAGUGAUUCCUUGGAUAGUCUGUGUUUUUAAAAAUAUCUUUACAUUUAAAUAUAUUACAUAGUGCCAAAUCCCAUAUUUUUAUACUGAUUGUUGUGGUAUUUGUCACUCAGUGGUUGAAACAGGAAUAACUUCAAGUCUAUAUUAGGUUUACGGGUAUAGUUAAUUCAAGGGAUGGGAGCAGUCUAGUUGUUGGUUGUCUGGUGCCUGGACUGGCUCUUUUUAUUUAUGUAGCACACUGUCUUAUGAUUAACAUUGGGAAUGAAGAACAGAUAAAUGAUUCGACUUUAAAUAUUAUUAAGUCAACCUACUAAAGAAUUUCCAUAUUUAAUUAUUUACAAAUCUUAAUUAGUUGAUUUAAAACAUUUUGUUUUACUUACUUGGUCUGAGAUUUUUGUCCUACAAAACAAGAUUUUAAGUUGCACUAUGGAUUAGAGUUGAUGUUAGUUUGUUUUUUCGGUAUAAAAAUAUUUUUGUUCUUUACUAAGCAAUGUUUAUUAAAUUGUGAAGUUUAGUUAAUUAUACUAUUUAUUUUUUCAAUGGGCAUGUAAAUGAACUGAUUAAUUUUAUGGACUAACGUGCCUUGCCAUCAAUCUUAUGGAAAUUUAGAUAAUAUACAUCUCUUAUAUGAAAUCAAUAAAGGAAACAAAACUGCUAGUACGAUAUCCUAUGCAUUUUGGAACGAGGCAAGAUGUAAAUAACAUUAAGGGCUUCCAUAGCGAUGCGCCUGAAUUACAAACUGAAAAUUUUGAUUGUUUACCUCUUGUCUCACAUGAAAGUUAAUGAUGAAAAUGUUUCACAAUGUAAUAGAAUAAAUAUUGUUCACUGCCUUUUCAAAUAUCAUGCAAUAAUGUCUUGGUUCACAACGUAAUUUAAAUUCAUUUAACAAGUUAUAGCAAUAAUAACAAGUGAAUAGGGACCACUGAGAAAAAGAGCCACACCUGUGUAACUUAGUUUUCAAUAGUUGUCUUCACUUCUUCAAUAACACCUUAUUAAAAUAGUAAAAAACGUCCAAUGAGUAUGUACCUAUGUAAUAUUUAGUUAUAUUCAAGAAGGAACAUUGGCUGAAUUGUUCGUUAGUUAAUCAACUAUGAAUUUAAGGUACAGAAGAGUUGUCAACGUAGCCUUAUUUUUAAAUAAAAACAUGUACCUAAACCAUAGACUAAAGACUAACUGCAAGCCAAAGAUAAGUAUAUGGGCCGGCCCUUUGAAGUCUAUACAAUGUCCUUACAUUUAAACGAAGUUUGAUUUUAACAGUGGUUUUUUAUAAACAUUUUAGGUAGAUCAGUUAUAAUGUUUAUUGGAUUACCAUAAGAUAAAUUAUGACAAAAGGUAGUACAAAUUAACGUCCAUCUGAUAAACUUACAAUUAACAACAUAAAAUUUCCAACAUUUUUUUACCUAUAUAAAACUUUGUUUAAAUGUUUAUCAUAACGAAAACAAUGAAAACAUAACAUCUUUCGUCAAGUUAUGCUUUUGAAUGUUUCCUGACAGUUGACACAGAAAAUCUCAGUUGGUGAAUUAAAUUUUCAAGAUUACUAUAUGCAACUAACUUCUCUUCGUCAUAGAGAUGACGUCACAGUUCUGAUAAAUGACAUUACUCAUUUUCACAAAAAUAAAUCGAUAAAUAAAUCUAUUGAUAUUUUUUUGGAUCUUCAAUAUGAAGAAACAGUUAAUUUUUUGUUGGAGGUUUUAAAAAAAAUUAAAUGUUAUCAAUAAGGGCCCGUCAAGUUAGUUUUUAGUCUAUGAUGUUAACUCAUGAGAAACAACAAGUCGGCCAGUUAUUAGCCACAUGUUACGUCGAACAAAUAGAGCAAUUAUCAACAAUACGCUUCGUCAAAUGGCUACUAAGGUUUACAUGCAACAUAACAUGCUUCGUCGACUAGAUACAAUGAAACAUGAGCAAAAAGCUUCUUUAAAAUAACAUAUCCAUGUUUCGUCAAUUAUGUUAAAAUAUCCGCAAAAUUCUUCGUAAAAAUAUUGAAUAUUAAUGUUGUGGAAAGUGUGAAUCUGAAACAAUAAGUUAAAAAAUUGUUAAUCAGAACAGAACUUUCUAGUGAUGUUUUGAGAAAAUGCCAAGGUAUUAGGAAAUAGUUAACGAUUUAAAAAUUUCAAAAAUCUUUCCUCAGUAAUAUAAUUUGAAAUAAGCAUACUCCAAUAGUGGCCUUUUUUAUAGUUCAUCGAGAAUCGGCGGAAUAUGUUUGUAAUUAUAAUAGUCGUAGUUAACAGCUAGAUUAGAUUAUAAAAACGGUUUUAAGUGAACCGUUUUCAAAAUUGCAAAACCAAAAUUUUUUUAAAAAGUUUUUAUGAUUUCUGUUUAUGCUAUUGUACAUUCAACAAAAGUUUUAGGGGCAUGAGUGAUAAUAGCUAAAAAGUUCUUUAAUACGUAAUUCAUACCAAGUCCCAUAAAAAAAAAUACCAUGAAACUUGGUAAUUAUAAUUCCCAUCCCAUUACAUUGUUUGCUGUUAAAAUGUUUUUUAUCAAAAUUUGCACUAAUAUAUAUUUAAUUGUAGAUAAGGAUUUAAAUUGAAAUUCAUGUAAAUUAUAAUGUGUAAUUAUGUGUCGAUUAAUAAAUUUGAGCAAUGGUUAUCGUUAGAAACAUGAGUACUGUGUUUAAGAAUGGGAUUCUCUUGAUAUAUAAAUCUUUAGAAUGCACAAACGACCACUACGAUGUAAUAAUUUUCUUUGUGUAUUUUAGUAUUUUGAACGAAUACAUUCACAAUUUAUUCGUUCAUAAUUUUGCAGACAUGAAGAUAGUGAUGUAUGUCAUUUUCAACAAAAUAUUUUGAUACCUAAUAAUAAUUUGUAAAAUAAAAGAUGUGCGACUUGGUCGUUUGCUGUAUUCUAAAUAUUGGAGUGUAAUGGUUUGAUUGUGCCUGAAAACUCAUCAAUGCCGCUCCAAACCUCAAAAUUAUGUAUUUCUAAUGUAAGUAAGCUUAAUUCGAUUCUGAAGUACCGAUAGUAGUAUGUUACGGCAUAAAGGUAAUUGUGAAGGAUUAACUCGAAGAGUGAUUACAUUAUUCAGUUUUGAUUUAGUUUUAUUUUUGAUGGGGAAUAUGAGCUAAUCUGUGUGACGUUAUAGUGUCUAAAAUAGUACAAAUGAGAAGACUUAUUGUCAUAAGCCUCGGACUAUUCAACAAUUGAAAAUGCUAGGUUUGAGAUGUAUCCCUGUGUACUAGUUUUAUUUUGUACUAAAAGUUAAAAUAAAUGAGUAAUUACUUAAUU